CUGUCCGCACCGGCUCCAUCCGCACCCCGCUCCGCACGGGCCAUGCCGGGGCCGCGCCGGGACCGCCCUGCGGUGCUGCUGCUGCUCGGGGCGCUCUUAGCCGCCGAUCUCUACUUCCACCUCUGGCCUCGGGCGCGCCGGGAGCUGCGUGCGGGAGCCCCGAGCUGCCCCUGCGUCCUCCGCCGCCCCCCGGUGCCCUCCGCCCCGCAGCCGCCGCUCCGCACCCGCGCAGCCUCCGCGCUGCGCCGCCUCUUCGCACACCCGCUGUACCGCUCCGCCCCGCCGGGCCCCGCGGAGCCGCUGCUGGGCGCCCGCGAAGCGCUGCGCUACUACCGGCGGAAGGCGGCUCGAUGGAACAGGAGACACAAGCUCUAUAGGGAGGAGCUCAACUUGACCUCUCCAUCAGCCCCAUUGCUGCUGCGGCCAGAGGCCAGUUGGCUCCAGUUCCACCUGGGAAUCAGCCGGGAUGGGCUCUACCCGCGCUCCAGCCCUGCUGUCACCAGGCUGCUCCGGGACAUGCAAGAGUUCACCACUAUCAGUGCUGACUACAGCCAGGAUGAGAAAGCACUGCUGGGAGCCUGCGACUGCAGCCAGAUCGUGAAGCCCAGCGGUGUGCACCUGAAGCUGGUGCUCAGGUUCCAGGACUUUGGGAAGGCUAUGUUCAAACCCAUGAGGCAGAAACGUGAGGAAGAGACCCCCGAGGACUUCUUCUACUUCGUUGACUUCCAGCGGCACAAUGCGGAGAUCGCUGCCUUCCACCUGGACAGGAUCCUGGACUUCCGGAGGGUGCCACCCACGGUUGGGAGGAUGAUCAAUGUCACCAAGGACAUCCUGGAGGUCACCAAGAACGAGAUCCUGCAGAGCGUCUUCUUCGUCUCACCAGCCAGCAACGUGUGCUUCUUUGCCAAGUGCCCGUAUAUGUGCAAGACGGAGUAUGCUGUGUGUGGGAACCCUCACCUGCUGGAAGGGUCCCUCUCUGCCUUCCUGCCAUCCCUCAACCUGGCACCGCGGCUCUCCAUCCCAAACCCAUGGAUCCGAUCCUACUCGUUUGAUGGAAAAGAGGAGUGGGAAGUGAAUCCACUCUACUGCAACACUGUGAGGGAGAUCUACCCCUACAGCAAUGGCAACCGGCUGCUUAACAUCGUCGACAUGGCCAUAUUUGACUUCCUAAUAGGGAACAUGGACCGGCACCACUACGAGAUGUUCACCAAGUUUGGGGAUGAUGGCUUCCUCCUGCACCUGGACAACGCCAGAGGGUUCGGGCGUCAUUCCCAUGAUGAAACCUCCAUCCUGGCACCGCUAUCCCAGUGUUGCAUAAUCAAGAGGACGACGUUCCUGCGGCUGCAGCUCCUGGCUGAGCCCGAGUACCGGCUCAGUGAUGUGAUGAGGGAGUCCCUGCUGCAGGACCGCCUGGCUCCCGUCCUCACCGAGCCCCAUCUCCUGGCUUUGGACCGACGGUUACAGCUCAUCCUGAGAGCUGUGAGCAAAUGCAUAGACACCUAUGGGGAAGCCAAGGUGGUGGCCAAUGAUAGCACACAGCCCGAGGCUCCUGCAUCUGACAGAGUGAAGCUGACCACUUAAACAGCCUGGAACUCGUGCUCGGAGGUAGGGAAAACCCCUGCAAGGCAAGUGGGAAGCUUUAAGAGCUGGUGAUUUCCAUCUACAAACACUGAGAUGGGAGAAACCCUUCAGAAGAUGAUCAGGAAUCACACUGGGCUCCCGUGCUGGGUGCUUGACCAAAGCUGCUGUGCUUGGCCCGUGUGUUGGUUAAGCUGUGGUCUGACUGCAGCAGAUCUCAUGCCCUGAGCACCAGCUCCAUGGUGGGGAAGCAGGGAUGAUCUCUUCUGGAGCUGCUCAUGCCCUUGGGAGGGUGGGGAACACACGGCCGUUGGGUUGCCCAAGCUGCUCGGUUGCUGGUGAAGGACACAAAUGAGAACCAAGGAUAAGGCUUGAAUAAAGAACAUUGUCCUCUUA